AUGUCUGCUGAGGAGGUCCCUAAUCAGCCACCUGCUUCGGGUGGCGACAAAGCGCCUGCGCCUGCGCCCAAACCUGCGGCAACUUUCAGUUCCUUCAUUAACAAGAACACGACGGGCAAGAAGUUUGCACCCAAAGCCGCACGAAGAAGACCUGGCGCUGCUGCUACUGCUGCCCCAACCCCCACGCCUUCUGCGCCCGAGGCUCCAGCGACGACUGCACAAUCGCAAACUUCGCAAACCGAGCCCUCGCCCUCGAGGACGCCGACCACUGAACCCGCGGCCACCGUACAACUACCCACACCAGCCGCGACUCAGGAGCCUACCGUAGAGACUACUCCCCAAGCCGCUACAAGCACAGCCGAAUCUUCAACAGCGCCUUCACAACCGACCCCAACCCCCACCCCCACCGAGCCCCUCCCCACUCCAGCACCCACAAAUACAGAGACUCAGACGCGAGCCGACAGGGAAUCUCACCAUGCUGUACAGUCUUCGACGGAAUCGGGUCUCACCACCCAAUACUUGGAGGAUGUGGGCGAGGGUGGUAGAUCGCCCAAGAGGCGCCGUAUAGAACCGCCUGUACAGUUGGGUACACCUGCAAGCCAAGAUGUCGCUUUGGGUGGAGGCGAUGAUGCGGCUCCGUCACAGUUGGCGCAACAAGAAACAGAGACAAGUCCACAACAACAACAACCGGAGGUCAACGUCACAAUCGCUGUCAAUGCGCCGGCACCAGCAAACGACAUCAACGAACAAAACAUCGAUCCGAACCUCGCACCCCCUACCGCGGAUGCUCAGGCCCUUCCACAACCGCGGAAGAGGAGGACGCUUCCAUGGGCAGCGGUAAACCACCCUCCAGAGGGUGAAGAGGAGACAGUAGCUACGACGCCAACCCAAAAGCCUCGCCAGCCACCGAAGCCACGAGGAAAGAAGAACAUCACAACGGAUCCGGAUGCAGACCACGUUGAACAGGAAGAUGGAGACGAGGAAGAGGCUCAGCCCACUCGGAAGCGAGCUACCGCCAAACCCCGUGCGAAGAAAAAGGCUACAGACCCCACCACGCAGGAUGGCGAAGAAGCACCAGCCCCACCGAAGAAAGCCAAAAAGCCAAGAAAGUCCAAGGGAGCCCUGAGCAGCGAGGUCGUCCAGGGCACGGAAGAAGAGGUUGGACGCAUAGCCGAUGAGAUCGUGGCAGCAGCCGUGCGCCGCAAGCCGAAACCAAAGAGAAGGAGGAAGGCCACUCCAGAAGGCGAAGAAGUCGAUGGCAUUGAGGGCGAGGAAGGCACAAGGAAGGAAAAGAAACGAAAGGGAAGACCACCGCGGGAGCCCACUCCAUCCGAUGCUGAAGACCAGACCAUCGACCCCGAUGUCACCUAUAUGGAUUCUCUCGCAGCUCGGACUGUUCGCAUUGGAAAACUUUCUGCGCGUGAGAAGCAGAUGCGUACCAUUGAUUGGGAUGCAGUCAAGCAACGCCGGAGGGAGGAAGAUAACAAGCAUGUGACGUCAAAAGCGGAACAGGAAAAGGCUGACAGAGAGCUCGCUGAAGCAGGGGCACGGCUGGCGGUUGCACAAGUUGAACAGGGUCCCAGAUUGCGGUUGAAUGCAGACGGCGUCAUGGAAGUAGUACCUGACUCUGGGGUCAUCGAUCGAGAGGGCGACGCAGACCGCCUUAUCAACGAAAUGGUUGUCACUGAAGACCAAGACAUCACUGCACGCCUCACAACCCGCAGCUUCAUGAAGAACAACAAGCGCUUUCCCAACGAAUUCCUCCUCCCUGGCCAAGGACGACGUUGGACCCCGGAUCUCACAGCACAGUUUUAUGAGGGCCUCAAGUCUUUCGGUACAGACUUUCAGAUGAUAUCUCAGAUGUUCCCAGGGUUCACUCGGCGCUCCAUCAAAACCAAGUUCACCCGCGAGGAGCGCGAAAACCCUGACGGUAUUAGGGAAGCUCUUCAAGGACGAUGCGAGAUAAAUCAUGGCGGAUGGGAUAAAUUUUUAGAAAAGUCCGAAAAGACAGAAGAGUCUUUCGCAGAUGCAGAUGAGAUCAAACGCCAGAUGGCCGAAGAAGAGGCGGAGUUCAGAGCGAAAAUAGCUGCGGCACAAGCAGAGGCCCAAGAGAGAAAACGACAACGUGAAAUUGCCGGGAUUGAUGCAGACGGUAACCCGUUGGGUGACGGAACGAACAAAGAGAAUGGCAAGGGGAAGAAGAAGAGAGGAAAGAAUAAGCAGGUCGCCUUCCAGGAAGAGCAGGGCGUGGAGAUUAUUGGAGAGAUUGGCGAUGAUGAUACUUGGGGUCAGGAGUAA